CAGAGCUUCGCAAGCACAGCCCGCUCGAGUGUAUAUCGUGUACAUGUAGGAGCGAGACAGCUGCACGCGCUUGUACAGGCUCGCAGGCCUGUGUACAUUAAUCCAGGAGUGGAAAAUAUACACAUCGUGUAGUUCGACCAGUUGGUCUAUGUGCUGUGCUGCGGCGGUGUCGGUGGCAGCGGCGGCGAGACAUCGUGUACUGCAACUCUUUGUAUACACGGCCGAGGUACACAUUAUAACGCAGCUACAUAGCGAGAUUCGCGCGCGCGACCAGUGACGCGAGUCAAGUUUCGGUCAGACGAGGAGGAGCAGCAGUAGCAGCUGCUGCAGGCGGUGGCAGCGGCGGCAUGUCCGCCACUUCUCCAUAGUAUCUCUGUGAAAAAAAAAAGGAGCGUGAUAAUACAUAGGUUGCGUGCAGUUUAUACAACCGGAGCAGCAGUAGCAGCUGGUACACAACUGGUACGCAGCUGUGCCAGGAGAAAUUAUUAUGCGUGCGGUAGUGUGUGCCGCCCGGAUCAUCCUCGCCGAUGUGAAAUUCUCGAGCUUCAUCGAUUCGCGCCCGUGAGAAAAUUAUGUGAAAUUUUCCGAACGAGCUGCCGGUGAUACAUCCCCGAUGCCUCAUCGACUUUGCAUGCGUCAAUCCGAGCUCCGAGCAGCAGCAGCAACAGCAGCAUCGAUCAUAAUAAGCAGUUUACCACUACUACGGGACGUUGGAUGUGCCCGUGCAGUGGUUUAUGCACUACUCACGCACGUAAUCGUAUCGUCGCGCAUCGCGAGUAUCGUCGCGUUACGAUCAUCCUCACAAUUACAACAACAACGACAACAACGGAGAAAUAAGGAGCUGCUGUGCAGCGCGGCCCGCGACGACGACUGCACCGUACGAAAUACAAAUCGUAUCCUCGACAUAAGCAGUAACGGUUGCGGAGGCUGAUCUCGCAAGCUCGUUGCGUAUUGAGAGAGAGAGAGAGAGAGAGAGAGAGGAGAGGAGGCGAGGUGAGCUGAGGUGAGCCGAGAGAGGAAAGCGUCGUUGUUGUUAUUAUUAUCAUGCCGGAGCAGAGCAACGACUACAGGGUCGUCGUCUUCGGUGCCGGGGGCGUCGGCAAGUCCUCGCUCGUGCUGCGCUUCGUGCGUGGCACGUUCCGCGAGUCCUACGUGCCUACGAUCGAGGAUACCUAUCGCCAGGUAAUAAGCUGCAACAAAAACAUAUGCACCCUUCAAAUUACGGACACAACGGGGUCCCAUCAGUUCCCCGCGAUGCAGCGCUUAUCCAUUAGCAAGGGCCACGCGUUCAUACUGGUGUACUCGGUGUCGUCGAGGCAGAGCUUCGAGGAGCUACGGCCAAUUUGGGCCGUCAUACGAGAUAUCAAGGGACAGGACAUAUCGCAGAUACCGAUCAUGCUGGUUGGCAACAAAUGCGACGAGAGCCCGUCGAGGCGCGAGGUGACGCAGAGCGAGGGCCAGGCCGAGGCCGACAGCUGGGGCUGCGGCUUCCUCGAGACGUCGGCCAAGACGAAUCACAACGUCAACGCGCUGUUCCGCGACCUGCUCACCCUGGAGAAGAAUCGCUCGGUCUCGCUGCAGCCCGUGCAGAGCAAUAACGCCAUCAGCCUUAAGGAGAAGUGCGCCCUCAUGUGAACUGCUGGUUCUUUUGUCGUUCGUCGGUGUUUCAUUUUUUUUUAUUUCGGAGCGACGGGAAAGAGAUAAAAAAAAAAAGAAGAAGAAGAAGAAGAGGAGAUAUCCGCCGUCUAUCUCAAUCCUGAUCUAUCUCUGUCUGUCUUCUCUACCGUUGUACAUACAAUGCACAUCUUAAUAAACGCACACGCGCGCACACAUUUUAUGGUAUAUACGUAAAAUAAGCAGUGAGAAAUGGAGGAUUUAUCGUGAGCUGUACAAGUGUGCGAGUGUGUGCAGUGCCAGAGUGCAUAACUGUGUACUCAAGAGUCUGUUGAGCGCCUCAUCGAUCUUUCGUCGCGCAGUAGCCACUUCAACUCGACACCGCUUCUCUCUUCUACUGCUAUCGUCGUCGUCGUCGUCGUCGUCUUCAUCCUCAUCUCUUGAGCUGCACACACACACGACACGAUACGCCGCUGUGUGCGCUGCAGUUCACUUUCGGCAGUCUCUCCAUUUGCGUCGCCGCGGGGAUCGACUUGUGUAAAUGCGACUGAUCUCGCAACGGCCCAAGAAUUGAGAAUAAUUCAGCGAUCGACUUUGUCAUUAUUUUGUUAUUCUUCAGUUACGUAACGGUCGUUUUGUAUUAUUACAAAGUUAGGCGCGAUAUCGCUUACAAUCAGCCGGAAUUGUAAUAUUGGGCUGUACUACGCCGCGUGGCGUCGCGACCCAGUUAUAAGUUGCGUCUUUGGAAAAUCUAUUAAAAUCAAUUAAAAUCAAUUUUGCUUUCUCUCUCGCUCCCUCUCGCUUAUAUACGUCAAAAUGCACAUUUCUUUUCUCUCCCGUCGCGCAAAUUCAUUUAACGUUAAUUUGAAGUCAUAGCGCCGUUACCGCAGUGUACUAACGAGCUGGCGGCAGCAGCAGCAGUUGUCGGAGAGAGAGAGAGCUAUAUAUACUUGGUAAUCUAAACGCUAAUUGCAAAGCCUCGGGGCCGCUUUGCCUCGCAAAAAUUAUAUUAUUCAUAAAAUUAUUCGACUCUCUGAGUGAAUCAAGCGGCUGGAUAAGAGAGAAGGAAAAUUGUAUGCACGAUUCGUUAGAUUUAUUACGAGUGCACGGCGGCGUAUUGUUGAAAGGUAUAUUAUGCUACGUACUAACUAACAACCGAGCGAAACACAUACACGGCCGAUUCUGCGUCAAAUUAAAUGGCCCAAAAAAUGUGCUUUUUAAGCUCGACGUGAACAUGUUGUCUGCCGUGUCAGGAAUAAUCCGGAAUUUUUCUGCUCUUUCAAUAUCUCUUUUUCGAACGCCUGAAAAAUACUAAUUUCCUUUCGUUUUUUCACUAAUUUAAAAAAAAAUUCGUAGCACAGCUUUGAGUAAUAUUAAAAAAGUUUUUUUUCUGCUGGAAUGUGUCCAAAUUUUCAGUCCAAAAAAAUAAAAUGGUUCAAGUGGUCUUUGAGCUCUUUGAGUACUCGUAUGCAAAGAAACAGACGUUUUCUACUUUUACAUGCUAUUUUAGCCUUUCUGACUAAGUAUAUGUUUGGAUUUUUACUAUCGGUCUAUUAUAAAAGGGUUGAGUUAAAAGUUCAUUUUCGGCGAUGUGUGGAGGCUUCUGAACCUUUUACCGUUGAAAAUUCGAAUCGAACCGGAUUAGAUUCGAAAUUUUAUGAAAAUCUGAACAAGUCUUAAGAAAAUAUGUAUUUAAAACUGUGUUCAAAUCUUAAAAUUACAACAUUUUUUGCAAGUCGGAAGAGCUUCAAUUUAAUGCGGCUUUAAUAUAAACUGAUCCAUUAAAAUUAAUGAAAACGAUUCUGAAUUUUAAUUGAAAAUUUUAGUUGAAAUCUUUGU